AUGAAUCCAAAACAAUUUCAAAUCAGUUACAAUGCAGUUAUUAAGGCAGCAAAAUUUCUGGGAAUUUACAAAGAAAAAGAUAAAAGUAAUCCAAAAGCAUAUUAUGUGGAUUAUGAAGCAAUUCUUCCAAAUACAAUCUGGCAUGUGGAUAUUCAUUUUUUGAAAGAACCAGAAACUUUACCGGUUUAUGGAAUAAUUGAUGACAAAAGUCGUUAUUUGUUAGCAUUGAAAUUGCUUCGUAACAAAAGUUCAACAGAAACUUCAAAAGUGGCAAUUGCAACAGUUCAAAAAUAUGGAGCACCUUUCUGUUUCUGGUCAGAUAACGGUAAAGAAAAUGAGGGAGAGUUCACAAAAUUUUUGAGUACUUAUGACAUUCAAAUCAGAAAAUCAGCUCCAUACAUGCCACGUCAAAAUGGCAAAAUUGAACGCCUCUGGCCAUCACUGGACAAAAAUGCUCCAAAGUCUUCAGAAUUUGAGAGCAUCAAUCAGGAAUUGGAAGAAUUCAGGCAAAAAUACAAUGACAUGCCACAUGGCGCUCAUCCAAAAAUUGGAGUUCGACCAUACACUCCAAGAGAGGUUUACAACAAAUUUAAGAAAUGGACCAAGGAUGAUAAACCGCUCUGGAAAAAAUGUGUUAAUAAGCAGUGGGAAGUUGAAGAGAUUCCAAACUAUUGA